AUGGGAGCCAAAACUAAACGAUACCACGGCCAGGAUUGUAUCUGCAUUUUACCUGCUCACUAUAACUACAACGUUGCUAGCAGUAGUCAGUUACAAAAACAACACCUUGUUGAAGAAGAAGGAAGGAGAGGAAGAAGAGGGAGGAAGGAUGGAAGGAAGGAAGGGUGGAAGGAAGAAAGGAAGAAAGGAAGGAAGGUCGCCUGUGGACAUCCUCUCCGCAGCACAAUGUCUUGUGCUGUCUACUUAGAUGGAAACGCCACGCCAAAGUCCAUGAGCAGAGCCAAACGAUGGACUGACGAGGUGGAGAACUUAUACCGAUUCCAACAGGCAGGCUACAGAGAUGAACUGGAAUACAAACAAGUAAAGCAAGUUGACUUGAUCGACAGGUGGCCUGAGACUGGCUUUGUAAAGAAGCUUCAGCGUCGAGACAACACAUUCUAUUACUACAACAGAAAAAGAGAAUGUGAAGACAGGGAAGUCCAUAAAGUGAAGGUCUAUGCAUAUUAAGGUCAGGAAGUGUCCAGCGAUCUCUCUUUUCCAUUUCGAAUAUCUUUUUGACAUGGUUUUUAAGAAGACGUCUGUAGGAAGGAAGGCAACACCAUCCCAGCUGUGGAAUGUAGACCAGUUCACUGAAUAAAGGCUGUGAGGCUGAA